UUCUGUCCGGGUCCAGGGACCGUUCUUAUAUGCACUGGGUGUCUAACAGAGAGCGUAUGUAUGUCGUGGCGCCUAUCAGGUGCAGGAGACAUGUCAGCGAUCGGGAGGUGCCUGUCGUUGGCCUGCUGUAGCUCGAGAGUCGACACAAGUAAGUAAGUAGGACAUCCGCGCCAAGCCCAAGUAUGCAUUGCACGACACCCAAAUGCUUGGAUCAGGGACGGCCGGCAGAAUCAGUGUUUGAGCAGAUGGCGGUCCACAGAAGAGCGCCCCACAUCAGAGAUUGGUGGUGGUGGCUGUCUGUCGUCCGGACAGAUCGACCGUGUCGAACCUUCAAACGAACAUAUUGUACAUACGGAGCGGUCCUUCAGUUCAGGGCGCAGGUCCAGCCCUCGUUAGUGCCGCUAAUUAGAACUUCGC